GGGGAGUCAGGCUGCCUCUGGCUCCCCAGACUCCAUCACUGUCCCUGAACCCCCUCAGGGUCCCCUAGCAGCCCUCGCUUCCUAUUUGGGUCUUUCAAACAGGUCAUUCUCAGCUCUUCCAUUUCUCAGUGAUGCUCGGUCACUUCUGUCUUUUCUCACUGUGUCCUGACCCCUCCCUCGCCCACCCCUGCUCUCCCCCCUUCUCCUCUUCCCCCUCUCUCUGAUUCUGAGCCACCCUUUCCUGCUGUCUUCCCUCUGUUUCCUACUGUGGGCACCCAUGACGAUGGGUGGUGGGGACGGCAGGGCCUCCGACCAUGAUGGGAUGUGUGCACAUGUGUGUGUGUACGCAUGUACAUAUGCAUAUGUGACCAAGAGGGCAGAAAGGCCUGAAGAAACGUGGCCCAAGGAACUGCCUCUCUAGCUCCACGAAGCCUCAACACACCCCGUCUUGUCUCAGCUCUGAAGAUCCCAACAGGCCUUGCACACUUCCUGAGUGCCGACUGUGCUCCCUAAGGACACCGACUGAGGCACCAGGGCUCCGGGAGGAGGGCCGGAGAGCAGGACAGAAUGGGGUCUGUGUAUGGAUCAAUGGUUCAGAGGGAGCCGCCGUUUCUCCAGGAUGCACAGAAUCAGGUCAACCGCUCUCAAACUGGCUGAGGAUCCUCUGCAGUGUGGACACGCAGGGAUACACACCUCCAGCUCACCUUGGUUCCUGGAAGCUACCCCAGGGGAACUUAAAGGUGGUUUGGAGAAUAACCUUAGCCCUGUGGCUUCCUGUCCUCAAUUCCUCCUGACCCACGGGACAGCUGCAGCCUGCAGGUAACCUGUGCCCACAGACCACACGCUGAGGCACCUUUCCAACCUGUAUGUACAUGCAGACACUGUAACGCUGCCAUGGUGGUGACACACAGAUGGCUUUCUGAAUGAUCGAAGGGGACAUGCUUUCAGUCUUGACAUUUCUCCAGUCCCACUGGCUCCAAGCACCCCGGCUCCCCACUGGCCAUGUGUUUAUGAUCAUAGCCCCCUGUCCCGCUCAGCUCCAGGUGCUACCUUCCAGCCAACACAGCAGCAGCGUCUCCCUGUGGUGCUCAUGGUUACAGGCCCCCGGGAGCAGACCCAGCUGCAGUCAUAAUUCAGAGAACUCUCAGGUCGCUGGAAACUCAGCUGGCUUCUGUUUCCCACCAUGACAGAAAAGGCUGCACUGAACCUCUGCUGAGCCUAGAACUUGCCUUUCCAGGGUCAUCUCUUCCCCUGGGAUGACUCCUAGGGUAGAUUCUCAGAGACGCGGCUCAAACGCCUGAACCCUGUGGACUGCAUAGAAGAGGUGGUGACAGCCUAGGAAACUACCUGCUCUCUCCUUCCUAUAGCACCCAAACUGCUGAGCCCUUCAUUCUCAGCUAUGGAUUGCCACAACGUUUAACAAGACCACAUGGAAGGUUCUGGAAUGAAGGAAGGUGUCUACAUCAUAGAGGCCAAGCCCAAGCAAUGGCUACCCCAUCAGGGUGGCUGUCCUCAGAGCUCCUGGCAUAGGAGCAGAGGAAUACGUCACAUUGUUAGUGAGGUGAAGAGUCUUGGAGUCAUCUUGCUGUGGCUUGUGCACGUUGACACAAAACAGCAGUUAACACGGGAGCCAGGUACAACAACUCAAGCUGGUAAUCCUCGCACUGAGGAGGCAGAGACAAAAGGAUCAGGAGUUCAAGGCCAUCCUCUGCUGCAGUAGCAAAUUUGAGGACAGCCUGGAAAAAAAGACAGGGCACAAAUGUACUAGAAGAACAUCCAUAACCUGGUUGAAGUGAGUGGACAUGAAUUUAGGCCUCGGAGGACACAAAGUGGCACAAAGGAGGAGGCACAGUGGCUAUGUCCUCAAGGACAGAUGGAGGACAGAGAAGCAGGAAUGGGAGCCAGCUCUCAGGGCCCAGCUGGGCUUCUAUGUGGCUUUGCCUCUGUGGCUCCCAGGUUCUGCAACUGGAACCCAGUGAGCCGUCCUGUGGGCUGGGGGGCUGGGGCGGGGAACACCAUCCCCCCAUCUAUUCAAUAUUGUACCACCUUUUAAAGUUACUUUAAGAUUACGUGUAUGUGUGUGGGUAGGUGCCUGUGAGUACAGUCACCUGAGAAGACCAGAAGAGGGUGUUGGAUCCCGUGGGGUUGGAGUUAUGGGCAGCUGUGAGCCACCUGAGGCAGGUGCUGAGCAUUGAACUCCGGUUCUCUGGAACUGCUGAGUCACCUUUCCAGUCCUGUGUAGACCUUCCAGCUGCUGGUCUCUUUCUGGGCUGCUGGCGACGAUGAAAUGAUGAUGGAACCCCUAUGGUCUCUGUGCCUUGAGUGCUCAGAGUUGACCCAAAAGCCGAGAAUUACCCAGAUGGCCUCAUGAUGAAGACAGUGGUCACAGGCUGCGGUCUUUAUAUACUUUGCCUGUUGCUGCAUCCACACACCCGACAGAAAGCAACUUAAGGAAAGACGGUUUGUUUGGGCUCACAGUUGGAGGGGACUGGGAAGGCAUGGCACCAGGAGCAUGAGGCAGCUGGCCACACCACACCCAGGAAACAGAAUCGUCAGGUUCAUGUGGAGAGAGGCAGAGUGCUUAGUUCACAAAUCUCACAGACUUCAUGGAUACCAUGUUGAAAUCCAGUCCCCAAACCCAGCAGAGGAGUAACCACAGUGAUCAGGAGACCAGCCUUUGGUCCUCAGGCUUUGGGAUGAAGUUGGAGGCCAUCACCCCAUUCCUGGGGAAGUAUCGACCCUUUAUGGGCCGCUGCUGCCAGACCUGUACUCCUAAGAGCUGGGAGUCCCUCUUCCACAGAAGCAUAAUGGAUCUGGGCUUCUGCAAUGUGAUCCUUGUGAAGGAAGAGAACACCAGGUUUCGGGGUUGGCUGGUUCGCAGGCUCUGCUAUUUCCUGUGGUCCCUGGAGCAGCACAUCCCCACCAGCUCUGAUGCAUCCCAGAAGAUCAUGGAAAACACUGGGGUGCAGAGCCUCCUCGCAGGGAGGGUUCCAGGAGGGUCUGGAGAAGGCCAGGCACCUGACCUAGUGAUGAAAGAGGUGCAGCGCAUCCUGGGCCACAUUCAGGCCACACUGUGCCCCUUCCUGCUCAGGUUGUUCAGCUGGGCACUGCUGUGGUUCCUGAACCGCCUCUUCCUGAAUGUGCAGCUUCACAAGGGGCAGAUGAAGAUGGUCCAUAAAGCUGUCCAGGAGGGCUCGCCGCUUGUUUUCCUUUCUACACACAAGUCACUCUUGGAUGGGUUCCUGCUGCCUUUUGUACUGUUCUCCCAAGGCCUGGGUGUGGUCCGUGUGGCUUUGGACCCCCGCACCUGCUCUCCUGCUCUCAGAGCUCUAUUGAGGAAACUUGGGGGACUUUUCCUGCCCCCCGAGGCCAACCUCUCCUUGGACAGCUCAGACGGCAUCCUUGCGAGGGCUGUGGUCCGUGCAACUGUGGAGCAGCUGCUUGCCAGUGGGCAGCCUCUGCUCAUCUUCCUUGAAGAGCCCCCUGGGUACCCAGGGCCCAGGCUUUCAGCCCUGGGCCAGGCUUGGCUAGGACUGGUGGUCCAAGUGGUCCAGGAAGGCAUCAUCCCAGAUGCCACACUGGUACCGGUUGCCAUUGCCUAUGACCUGGUUCCAGAUGCACCAUGUGACAUGAACCACGACUUGGCUCCCCUGGGGCUAUGGACAGGAGCCUUGGCUGUCUUUCGGAAACUGUAUAACUGCUGGGGCUGCAAUAGUAGAGCCUGUGUCCGGGUGCACCUUGCCCAGCCAUUUUCCCUCCAGGAAUACGCCAUCAAUGCUAGAAGCUGCUGGGGUAGCAGGCAGACCCUGGAACACUUGUUACAGCCCAUUGUGCUAGGUGAAUGUAGUGUUGUUCCAGACACUGAGAAGGAGCAGGAGUGGACCCCAUCAACUGGCCUCCUCUUGACCCUCAAAGAGGAGGACCAGCUCCUGGUCAGAAGACUGAGCCGGCAUGUCCUGAGUGCCAGUGUGGCCAGCUCAGCAGUGAUGAGCACAGCCAUCAUGGCAACACUCCUACUGCUGAAGCACCAAAAGGGUGUGGUCCUGUCACAGCUCCUGGGGGAGUUUUCAUGGCUGACGGAGGAGACACUGCUGCGUGGCUUUGAUGUGGGCUUCUCUGGGCAACUGCGGUGCCUGGCCCAACAUACACUGAGCCUGCUGAGGGCACACUUGGUUCUGCUGCGUGUCCACCAGGGGGACUUGGUGGUGGUGCCACGGCCUGGCCCAGGCCUCACCCAUCUAGCACGUCUGAGUAUGGAAUUGCUGCCCACCUUCCUGAGCGAAGCUGUGGGUGCCUGUGCAGUGCGGGGGUUGCUGGCCCGCAGAGUACCACCUGAGGGGCCCUGGGAGCUGCAGGGCAUAGAGCUGCUGAGUCAGAAUGAACUGUACCGCCAGAUCCUACUGUUGCUGCACCUGCUACCCCAAGACCUACUGUUGCCCCAGCCCUGCCAGUCUUCCUACUGCUACUGCCAGGAAGUGCUGGACCGGCUCAUCCAGUGUGGGCUCCUGGUUGCUGAGGAGAGCCCAGGCUCCCGGCCAGCCUGUGACACGGGAAGACAGCAUCUGAGUGCAAAGCUGCUGUGGAAACCAAGCGGGGACUUCACUGACAGUGAGAGCGAUGACUUUGAGGAGCCAGGGGGCCGGUGCUUCAGGCUUAGCCAGCAGUCUCGCUGCCCUGACUUCUUCCUCUUCCUCUGCCGCCUGCUCAGUCCGAUACUCAAAGCCUUCGCACAGGCUGCUGCCUUCCUCCACUUGGGGCAGCUACCAGAUUCAGAGGUGGGCUACUCGGAGCAGUUGUUCGAGUUUUUACAGGCCUGUGCCCAAGAAGAAGGGAUCUUUGAGUGUGCAGACCCAAACCUCGCUAUCAGUGCUAUCUGGACGUUCAAAGACCUGGGGGUACUGCAGCAGAUGCCUAGCCCUGCAGGACCCCAGCUCCACCUGUCCCCUACAUUUGCCAGCCGGGACAACCAGGACAAGCUGGAACAAUUUAUCCGACAGUUCAUCUGCAGUUAGAACCAGAAAGUAGAACCUGGUGGGACUUGUCAGCCUAGAACUUAAGUGUGCCUCCUGAUCAGGACACAGCUAACCUGGACUUAGAAAAGCCAUGUUUACUCAUCAUUUGGUGUGAUAAAUAAAGACACUAGGUUAGUUUCUUCCCUAAGCCUGAA